CUUACCUUACAUGUUCUAUAGCCAUAAACCAAGGUGUCACCAUCUUCCACAGUCCUAUCACCCUCAGAAAGGUCCAGUGCUAUCCCCAAUGAGACAUAGUUAUAUGGGACUUACAUUUUGAGAAUAAAUGAACUUUAUAGCUAGACUGUGAGCUAUCUUUUAAUUUUAGAAAGUAUAGGCACCUGUUCUCAAAAGGAUAUAUCUGGAACAGGCAUUUGCAAUUUGAGAAUGAACUGACUUCUUUUCCUUUAAACCAAUUCUGAAUUUGAUGGUGUCAAACUCAGUAGUCUCAGCUUCAUCACACACACACACACACACACACACACACACACACACACACACACACACACAUAUUCUUCCCCUCUUCACUGCCUUUUGCCAGCUUUGCUUCUGCAUUCCCCAGCAACUUUAAUUAAGAUUUCCUUAGGCUUGUGACCUUGGCUAACUUUUAAAAAUAAAGUGAGCUGCCAUGCAAGGUGAUUGUUUCCCAAUUUCACAUAGCCCUGCUAGAAAUGUAUUAUGUCUGCUUUCCCCUUCCCAUAUAGUCUAUUUGAGAUCAUUCUGAGUAGAAUGUGCAUUGAGUAUCAAUGAGACCAAGCAAGGCUAUCAGCUUUCUUUACGCCCCCACAUUUAACUUAGUAUUUCAUUCCUCGCAGAGCAUACUUUGACAUUCUUCUCCCGUAAAACAGGCCCAACAACUGUUGUAUAAAAAAAACAGGCAGGAUAAAAAUCCCUAUGAUAGGGGAAAGAAGAGAGAUGAAAGAUUUAAGAAUAUCCCCUGGAGUGAAUCUCACAACAUUUUUGAUCAUCCUUAAUAUUUUCCCCAGUCAUCAUCAUAUAGCCAGAUUGACUGGCAGAACUAGUAGAUGCUUCCCAGUUCAGUUUAUAAUUGCAUUGUGGGAACUUUUUUUUGUAUGUCAGGGUUUAGCAUCUCAUUCUGGUUUCCAAUACUAUGGAAUCUACAUAUAAAUUGCUGCAUAUUACAUUGUUUGGUAUGGUCAAGUAUAUUACCAAAAGUUAAUUUUAUAGAGAUUAAAAGGAACAAACAAUAUACAAAAGAAUCAAGUAAUGUAUUUGCAUUACCUAAAACUGUAUAGGUUUAAUUUAUGUGGAUUUAUUUCUAGGAUUUGGUUGGGUUAUUUAUUUGUCUUUGUUGGUUUAUUACAUGUUGUGAAUGCACCUUCGGAGACUGUGAAUGAUAGUGGUGGGAUCAGGAGAGGAACGAAAAACCCUUGCGAGGAGGGCUCGUUGGAGGAUUUGUUUAGGAAAAGGGUCAGGGAGACUGAUGGGGAGUCUUCUGAGGAGGAUUCAUGUGGGGAUCCUGAGGUGGAAAUGGAUGCUGGGGAACAGGUGUUAAUGGAGGAAUUGGGCACGGACUGGGCAUGGGCACCAGAGAUGCUUGGGGAAGAAUCAGGGCCCAUGGAUACUGCUGAUGCUGGGGAAGCUUGGGUGUCUUCAGAAGCAGAUCCCACUUGGUUUGCUUGGAGGAGUGAGAGGGGGUCCACAGGUGUGGAUAGAGUUGGGCAUGGGCAGGAUGAUUGGGACUCUGAUGAGGAAUUAGGAACGCCUGACCCAAGGGCAUUGGCUGUGUGGAGUUCUGAUUCAGAUUAAGAAGUUGAGACACCUGCUCUUUGGGCGUGGAUAGUUUGGAAGCCCAGGGAGACCUGGAUAUAUUGGGGUUGUUUGGCCAUUAUACCUUGCGUGUGGCAAGGUAUAAUGGCCAAACAACCCCAAUAUAUCCAGGUCUCCCUGGGCUUCCAAACUAUCCACGCCCAAAGAGCAGGUGUCUCAACUUCUUACUCUGAAUCAGAACUCCACACAGCCAAUGCCCUUGGGUCAGAUGUUCCAAAUUCCUCAUCAGAGUCCCAAUCAUCCUGCCCAUGCCCAACUCUAUCCACACCUGUGGACCCCCUCUCACUCAUCCAAGCAGACCAAAUGGGAUCUGCUUCUGAAGACACCCAAGCUUCCACAGCAUCAGCAGUAUCCAUGGGCCCCGAUUCGUCCCCAAGCAUCUCUGGUGCCUGUGCCCAGUCCGUGCCCAAUUCCUCCGUUAACACCUGUUCCCCAGCAUCCAUUUCCACCUCAGGAUCCCCACAUGAAUCCUCCUCAGAAGACUCUCCAUCAGUCUCCCUGACCCUUUUCCUAAACAAAUCCUCCAAUGAGCCCUCCUCGCGAGGGUUUUUCCUUCCUCUCCUGAUCCCACCACUAUCAUUCACAGUCUCCGAAGGCGCAUUCACAACAAUUUCAGUGGAAGACCCCAGGAGCCAUCCAGUCCAACCCCAUUCUGCCAUGCAGGAAAAGCACAAUCAAAGCACCCCCAACAGAUGUCCACCCAACCUUUGUAACAACAACAACAGCAACAAUAACAAUAAUAAUAGCAGCAACCCCAGGGGCCAUCCAGUCCAACCCUCUUCUGGCAUGCAAGAAAAGCACAAUCAAAGCAUUCCCAACAGAUGGCUACCCAGUCUUUGUAAUGAUGAUGAUAAUAAUAGCAGCAACCCUAGGAGCCACCCAGUUCAACUCCAUUCUGCCAUGCAGGAAAAGCAAAAUCAAAGCACCCCUGAGCAGUGGGAGGGAAAUAGGGUUUUGGAAGCAAGCAAGAUCAGGGAAAAAGGAUUUGGGCGAUGAGGGAGGUGAGGAAAAAAGCUUUUUGAGGGCAAGGGAAAAGGGCUUUUGGAGACAAGGAAAGCGAGUUGAAGGGGCUUUUGGGAAAAGGAAAGCGGGUAAAAAGGGGCUUUGGAGGUAAGGCGGUGUGGGAAAAAGGCUUUUGCUGGCGAGUGAGGUGUGGAAAGAACAGGAAAAAGGAGGGAAAGCUUGAAGGGGGAGGAGGAGAGAGGAGGAGGAAACCACAGAGACCCUCAUUGUGCUCUGCAGAGCCCCAAGGGCUCUGUGGAGGACUAUUUAAAAACUUCUAGUGUAGAAUAUAUGAAGGUGAUUCCAUAGUAACCUAGGCACAAACCAGGUAGGGCUUUAAAGGUAAAGCAGCCAAUACUUUAUAGCUUGUCAGGAAUCUAACUGGCAGACAGUGAAAUUAAGAUUAAGAUAUUCUGGGGAAGCCCUACUCUCGGUCCCACCAAUUUCACAGGCACAGUUGGUGAGGAUGAGAACAGAGCAUUCUCAGUGGUGGCACCUCAGCUAUGGAACUCCCUCCCCAGUGAUAUUUGAUCAGCUGCUUCCUUUUUAGCCUUCAGGAAGAACGUUAAACAUUGCUAUGUUACCAAACUUUUGGAGAAUCACUGUAGUGCAAUAAAUGGACAAAGAAUCUAUGCAAUUGACAUUUGUAAUGGCCCUAGACUACGCCAUUGGAUUAUGUGAUUUUAAUAAAUAAUGUAACUGUUUUUUUAUUCUGUUUUUAAUGUAGAUGUUUUUACCAAUUGUAUGUUUUAAUGGCAUUGAAUUGUUGCUGAUAUGUGAAGCUGCUAUGAGUCCCCCAUGGGGUUGAGAAGGGCAGGGUACAAAUAUGAUAAGUAAGUAAGUAAGUAAGUAAAUUUAAUAUGGACAUAAUAUGAUCACUCUUUGAUUCACUAGUAACCAGCCUGGUGGCCAUGCUUUGUGCUAAAUGAAGUUUCCAUACUUGGGACAGAAGCAGUCUAAUAUAUGUUGAAGUAGUCCACCUUGUAGUGUGUGCAUUGCAUAUCGGUGC